AUGUGUUUUCUGGCUCGCGCAGGUCCCAGCCGGUGCCUAGACGCGCUAAUCAUCGCCCUGAACCAGGCAAGCGGCGGGGAGUGGUACACGUCGACGAUGCAACUCCAGCUCGCGUCGUUGGAGCUCUGCGCGUCUUGCCGCAGCAUGCACCUGCUGAAGCUGAACGUGCAGCACGGGACGCCGACCCGCUUGUGGCGCGGCACCGCCACCACCCGCGAGACACGAAGCGUGAAGAGGCGCAACGUUACCCGCGUGCCGGUGGUCCGAGCGCGUACGGUGACCUGGAAGCUGCCGGGCCUGGCUCUGCGGAACAUGACGGGUGAUGCGUGGUCGGAGGUGACGACCUUUUCUCUGGGUCCCGGCUUCGACGACGACCUGCCCCGAGGUAUUCAAUGGCCCGAGAAAUUGACCCUGUUGGGCCUAGGCCCGGGUUUCAACCGUUCCGUGGAGCACCUGUCGCUGCCGGCGUCCGUGCGGUUUCUGGUCUUCGGAGCGAGCUUCAACAUGCCGAUGGACAAUUUCGCUUGGCCGCCUCUUCUCCGCGUCCUUGUUCUGGGCCCGUCCUUCAGCCAGCCCAUACACCCGGGAGCGUUCCCGGAAUCGCUCCAAGUUUUGCUGUUCCAAGGGGACUUCACGCAUCCAGUGGAGGGCUUCGUGUGGCCGAGGUCGCUGCUGCAGCUGUACGUUUGGGGAUUACUCGCCCAGCCCCUGGGCAGGAUCUCUUGGCCGGCAUCGCUACAGGUUUUGCUAUUCGGCCACGUUCGGAACGAGUCGUUGGACGAGGUCACGUGGCCGGAGUCGCUGAGGUCGCACGGCGCUCAGGAGAUGAAUGGCCCACCGUUGUGA